AUGGCCGGCGUCUACGACUGGUCGGAGGAGGGGAUCGAGGAGGACGAGGACCCCGGCCUGCUGAGGCGGGGUCGGAGCGGGCGGACGCCGUCUUCGUCGCCCGAUCACGAUGAGCCCAUCAGGAUCUCCAGUUCGAGGUCGCUGUCUUCGCCUGGCCUCCGCCGCCCUUUCGGAUCCUCCGGCUCGGGGUCGCCCUCUUCUCCGCCGAGCCUCGGGUCGAGCAGGAGUUUCGGGGACAGGCCCGUCCCCCGCUCCAUGCGGACGCGGAGGUCCCCGAGGGCGCCGAGUGUCCGCCUCGCGGCCGCGGGCGAUGCCGGUUCUCGCGACGACGCAGGUGCUUCCACGGGAGGAUCCUACGACGACGGGUACCCCCCCGACGACCUGGAGUACACCGUCUCCUGGAUGAGAGACCGGAGCGCGAGGCCGAGGCUCACCCCGCCGCCGGACGCCACAGCGGCCUCCGCUUCCAUCACAGCAGGCCGAGCCGAAGAGGACAAGGAGGAGGGCCUGCCGGCGGAACGGGACCAGUUCUCCUUCCCCCCGAUCGAGGCGCCGCCCAGCGUCGUCGACGCGGCGGACGUUCUCGGCCAGUUCGCCGCCCAGUUCUUGGAGGCGACGAUGGGCGCCACCGCGGGGCCCAGGACGGAGGGGAUCAAGAAGGAGCUCCUCCUCGGCCGGAGGGUGGUCGACGUGGCGGGGCUCGAGCGGUGGCUGCGGAAGGCGGAGGCGCUCGCCGAGCUCGCGUGGUUCACGGACCUGUGCUCCCACGAGGGUUCCGAGGCGCCCCCGCUCGAGCUCUUCGAGUGCGCGUUCCGGGCGCUCGAGGCCGCCUCCUCCGAUGAGCUCCACCGCGCUGGCGCCGACGCCAGGAGGUUCUGGAUCGGUCCCGUGGCCGUGCUGGAGUUCUUCUUGUGCCCUCUCUCCAAGAAGGUCAUGGACGACCCCGUCGUCGUCACCUCUGGAAAGACUGUUGAUCGUUCCGAACUGGAGAAAUGGUGGAACAAACACAAACGCAUCUGCCCAGUUACCGGCGAGGUUCUCAACCACAGCAUCUUCAUCCCUAAUGACCUCAUUGCGCGGUGCAUUUCGCGAUGGCGUGCCGCAAACAGGAUUAGUGAUCUGACAGCAUCUACUGAUCCACCCGCUAUCUCUCCUGAGGAGGAAGCCCUGUUCAAGGAAGCCACCGUGUUGGCUCACUCCCCAAGCAACUCUAAAGAAGAUUAUGAAGCUAUCUUGCGCCUUCUGGAGCAGUGCUCAUUCCUGCAUCUGCUUGGCCGCAGCCCAGGGACAAUAUCAAAACUUGCCUGCGUCCUGCCAGAGACAUGCCUGGAGCCUUACCCUGAGCUGGACAACAUUAUCCUGGAAAUAUUUGCGAAGGCAGCUUCCUACAGCCCCAACAAGGAGGUUCUUGGAGACGAUCGAUACGCCAUACCUGUGCUGAUUGCAAGGGCAUUGCUAGGGCCUGUGCCAACUAGAGCCAAGUGUGCUCAGAUCCUUGGGCUACUGGCUGACAACUACUACAAUAAGAUCAAGAUUGGUGAGCUUGGAGGCUUUGCUCCGCUGAUGGAGCUGCUCCUGGUAGGAGACAUUGGUGUGAAGAGGACCGUGGCGAUGGCGCUCGCCAGCCUGUGCGAGGCCCAGGAGAACUGGAGCAGAUUUGUCCGGGAGGGGGUGGCAGACGCGGCCAUAUCUCUGAUGCGGAACGACAACCUGGUUGACGAGGCUCACAGCAUCUUUGUGCAGGCCGAGGGUUUUGAUGUGGCCAUGACGGAGAUCAUGGACAAGCUGGCGUCGUUUGACGGCGAGGAAAUGUGCGAGGAGAUGACUGAUCGGCUGUGGGAUACAUUCAUCCGAUCGACACCAGGCCAAAGGAGAAGACCUGCCAACUUCGCCCCCGAGGCUCCAGAAGCGUCUUCAUCGUCUUCACCGGCUGUGAGCAUGGACGAUGUUCAGGCCAUCGUUACAUGGCUACAGAACAGGUCGUACAAUCCCCGGACGUACAGGUACGGAGAUUUAAAAUCGCGUAAAGAAGCAACGGGCUAG